AUGAGCCUUGAUCCCAGUGCCUUUCCGAGGUCCAACUCCCCCGCAAGCUCCGAGAGCUCCUUGACGCGCUCUCGACUACAGGGCAAGGAAGGAUCACUCAAGAAAGACAAACACUAUCGUCGAUAUGCGUCAAGCGCGCUCCAAACUCAUCCACCCGAUCAACCAGUCGUCCCCCAUAAAGUACUCGUCUCAAAGCGACUAGCGCAGUGUCUGAACCCAUCACUACCAUCAGGCGUCCACCAGAAAGCCCUCGAAGUCUACACAUACAUAUUUGGAUUGAUCAAGCUUGAGGGAUUGUCGCAUGACCUUCCUCUGUAUCUCCCCGGUCUUGCGCCCACCUUGACUUUCGCUUCUCUCACCGUUCGCCCAUUAUUCCUAUCCUUGGUUGAGGGAUACAUUGUUGACCUAGAACCUUGGGCUAUUCGACCAGCACUGAAAGCGAUCAUUCUAGCCCUACUCCCGGGUCUCGAAGAAGAGACAAGUGAUGACUUUGAGCCGACAUUAAGAACUGUGAACAAACUCCGUGAUGCCGCUGGGCGCCUUGAAACCCAAAAAACUUCUGAAGCAGGGGCUUCCGGGCAGUACUUCUGGCAAUGUCUGUUCCUUGCCUCCAUCACUAACCCUAGUCGACGGCUUGGAAUCCUCGCAUAUCUAAAUCGCUACCUUCCCAAGCUAGGCAUUCCGGAUCGUCGGCCAAGUAGUGCUGAUGGGAGCGAGGCAGUGGAAAUUUCACAUGAAAUGCUCGCCGCAGCAGACGCAGUCAUCCUACCGGAGCCAGGGCUAUUGAUUCGAUGUGUUGCAUCAGGCUUAUCUGACGACCAGCUUCUUGUUCAACGCAACUUCCUCGACCUUCUCGUAACCCAUCUCCCACUAAACUCUCCCAUUCUGCAAACCAAAACCGCAGACAAUGAUUUGCGCACGUUGGUUAUUGCGGCAGUGGGAGUGGUCACUCGGCGAGAUAUGAGCUUGAACCGUCGGCUUUGGGCAUGGUUCCUUGGACCAGAUGCGAACGACCAAUCCUCAGCAGAUGGUCGCAAAUUCUCAACAGACACUACUCGUUCGGCCUCUGUCGAUGGCAAGGAAGCCACUCAAUCACAAUACUUCAGUCGUGUGGGUUUGCAGCCCUUGGUCACUGGUCUCCUGGACAUGAUCAAAAAUGCACCAGUUAUUCCGUCUGAGAGGACAAAGCCUUUCCGUAUAGCUUUAUCGCUUAUGGAUCGCUGGGAAAUUGGCGGGUACAUCGUUCCUGCAGUUUUCUUGCCCACGAUACGCAGCGUUCAAGCAUUUGAAGGACAAGCCCCCCAGAAUCACUUUGAGGAAGUCUUCCGCAGUGCAAGUGCCUUCCUUGAUGGCGUUGAAAGUGGUGUGAUCUUCUCUGAGCUUUUAGGCCUGGUUGAUUACCGAAAUGCCGACCUAGAUACCCAUACUGAUCAGAUCUUGCGUGACUUGGAUCUCGCACGAUUUAUUCUUGAGAACUUCAACGUUCGUGAAGAAGACAUGGUUCAAAUCCACGUGCCCCUGUUAGCGCUGUCAGUUCUUGUGAAGAUGAGAGAGAUUUCAUCCACUCAGAGCACUGCUAACAAGCGUGCGGUGUCUACCGCAUUGAACACCGUUCUCAAGUCGCUAACUGGACUGCUCACUGAUCGGGCGUUUUCUAAGAAAACAGGUUCUGAAAAGUCCGCCGGCAACGACGCAAAGAACCAUGGGACUGAGGUCUUAAAAACUGUUCACGGCUUCUAUGAACAAAGCAAAAACAGUUUGGAACUACCACCCCUUCCAUACCCGCCGAAGCAUCUCGGUGAAAUGAUCAUUCGAGAGGCCAAUGAACUGGCAAUUGCAGCCCUGGGAAAUCGAGACGAUACAACUUCUCUUCAUGAGAAGCUGGAUAUCCUUGUGACCUUGCUGAAGAAACUCCCCAAGUCUCGUGUUUUGAGAGACAGGAAGCUCUACGAAGCAUUGUCUCAGCGACUAGGUAGUGGGAAGGACAAGCCAACAACCGCCUCCUUUGCGGUCAUUUCCACUAUUGCUUCGACAGUGACAAGCUUGUUCUUCAUUCAAACUCCUGGCUUCUAUGUCAGUUAUGAAGAUGCGUGUGAUCUCAUCACUCCUCUCGUGAGCCAGCUCUGGUGGUACUUGUCACCGCUUAGUCCAAAGUUCCACGUGGAAGCCGUCCGCUGCCUAUGGCUAUUGCAUUCCAUUUCUUGGAUUGACCACCUCGUCGAGGCAUCUCUAACAUCGUUGAUGGUCAAUGUGUCAACGGCUGGUUCUCGACAUUUGUCUUCUGAGGAACAAGCUGAGCGAUUCUACGUUCUGUGGAACCACAGCCAUCACAAUAUUCACGAACACCCACCAAAGCAAGUGCUGGAAGUUGGAGGAACCUUAUUCUCUUAUCAGUGCUCGAUGCUGGAGCGUCCGCUUUUCAUUGUACUUGAUCUUCUCUCCCAAGAGUCAAGCGAUAGUUCCCAUAGCGUUCAGCUAUGGCUUCAGGAUCUACCGUCUAUCCACAGAGUUUUCCUAGUCGUCAUUUCGAAAGUUGAUGAACUUUGUGAACGUGAUGAUCAAAGCCAGUCAAAUACAGACAAUCAGACCAUUUCCCCCGAUGACUACAAAGAGUGCGACUAUCUGUUACAAACCGCCACAAACAUUAUAGCUGCCCUCUCUCAUAAUGGAUGGAUCACCCUUCUUACUCACAUGCUCAGCAACGAAAAGCGCCCGGAAACUUCUAAAUCUGAAGACAACUCAGGAUCAGGGUUGAAGAGUCUGCAUUCAGCCAUAUUCGAGGCCUCCCUGCGGAUCAUUAGCACUCAAAGUAUGGACCCUACGCAAGCUAGCCUGGAAGGGGAACGGCUACAGAAGAAUGCGCUGCAACUCAUGAGGCAACUGCUUCUUGGCCCCGGAGCUGAAGACUUAGUCGAGUCCGGAAUUGACAAUUUCCUGGUCGAACGUCUUCUAGUUUCAUCUGAGGGCGGUAGCAUCGCGGUGCAGGGCGCACUCAUCGAUGCACUUCUUGCAGCAUUGAAGGUGCGAUUUGCGCAAGCGUACUUACCACCACAACCACCUCGGCCAAAGCAUCUACGAGCUGGCUCUCGCGAUCGUCUGACCAGUCCUUCGAUCUUAUCUUUCACCAGUGACAAAGGAGACCGAAGACCCUCGCUACCACAGCUUCCUCAGCCGCCAGAUCGCCUCUUAGACUGUCUUCUUAAAGGAAUCAGCUCACCAAAGUCUCGAGAGAUUGUGGAUAAGUGGAUUGUACUGCUUUGCGAGGUCCUCCCUCUGUUCUCUGGCACCAUAUUCCAGAUCCUUCUGAUGCUCGUGGAAUGUUUCUGCAGAGAGAUCCGAGCAUCCUAUGGUAGGCUCCAGCUGUCUUUCCAGCAAACAGAAGACUGGCCGCAGGACCGCUCUGAGCACGUCACAAUUGCUCUCCUCACUGGUCUAGAAACCUGUAUCGCAAAUGCCCAUGAGCGCCUCGUCGUGGAAGAAGCAAACGUUCCAACGGUCAAGAGUCCCGAACAAGCUCAGGGCUUCUUCGGAAACAUGGUGUCUGGUGUAUUCAACUCAGAAGGAGGUCAAGGUCGCCCGAAUACCGCUAAUGAUCGACUGACUGUUCUUCUCUGUUUCCAAGACGCCGUUCGUUUAUGUUUCUCUAUCUGGGCGUGGGGUGCAGGAGACCGAGGUGGAGCUCCUCCAGAUUCUGAGUCUAUGGCAUCCUUCCAGUACACCUCUUUGCGCAUGCGGAAUCGCUCACGACGGAUCUUGGAGCACUUUUUCACCGCGGAGGCGCUUGAAUGUCUUGAAACAUUGGUGGAAUUGUGGACAAAGUCUGACACGGAGACAGCGUCGCUGAUUUUCAAUCUUCUUCAUACCCUUGAUGGGUCGAGUCCGAAGAUCACCAUUCCUGCCAUCUUCAAUGCAAUCUACACUCGCACGAACCCUAGCGCGUUGGAUCCCAGCAGGAAGUCUUCGUUGACAUCAAGCCUUUCUGAGUCGGAGCUUGCCAGCUUCUUGGUCACUUAUGCUAAGUCACUGGACGAUGACGUUCUUGAUGAGAUUUGGACUGACUGUACAACAUUCUUGCGUGAUGUUCUCAGCAAUCCAUUCCCGCAUCGACUAAUUCUGCCACGUUUGAUUGAGUUCGCGGCUAUUUUGGGAGUGAAAUUGGAGAACACCACCUUUGGUGAAGACCGCCGUAUGCGAAAAGAACUGGGGGAUGUCCUACUGCGUCUCCUCACGGCAGUUUUCACCAGCAAGCCCUUGGGUCUCAAUCAAGACACUGGACUUAUGGCAAGAUCAUCCGUGGAGUAUGACCGGACUUCGGUCUCCCACACUGGACCAGAUGACAUGCUGAGCAUUCUCGCCGUUUCCAUGCCGUCGUUCAUCACGACUCUGGGUGACUCGGAUCGGAUCAACACCGCCAUCACUGGCGUCUCAACUAACGUGGUCGGCCCUCUUAUUCGGUCACGCCUCUUUCCGAACAACCUCAACCGCAAUGUCAUGGUUCUCUUGCAGCAAAUGACAAAAGUCCCAGCUGCCGCAAAACUGUGGAAGAAGGACAUUUCCGAUGCGUUCCAUGAUCCCCGUUUCUUUGGAUUGCAGGUUGAUUUGGUGAAAAACAGCUGGAUGGAUCUGCUGCGCCAGUGGGUUCUUGCCGACAAGGAACGGCUAUCAGAAAUCCUUGUCCGUAUUCCCCCUCCCAGUGCGGCGGGUAUCAUGUUCGGUGUAGGAGCUUCUGCGGCCCGGCUGGAAGCCGAUCGCAAAGCACAGCUCAACCUGAGGCGAAUCGCGCUACUUUUACUGUCUGCCAACGAUGACUAUUUCGUUGGCGAGUUACCGGCACUACUCCAGAAGCUAGAGGACCUUCUAGCUGCUACCAGUGCUUCAUCUCCUUCAUCUGCCACUCGAGCGGAGAUUUUCAUGCUCCUCCGUGCUCUUGCACUCAAGACCUCGGCCUCUGCCAUGGCGCCAUUCUGGCCUUUGAUCAAUACGGAACUUCAAGAGGCUAUCUCCGCAGUGCCACAAGGCCCUCAUUCAGAGCUCUACAACUCUUACUCUCUGCUGCAGGCCUGCAAGCUGCUCGAUGUCCUGCUUGUGGUAGCCCCAGAUGACUUCCAGUUGCUAGAAUGGCUGUUCGUAACCGACACCAUCGAUGCAGUCUAUCCCCCCGACCGCUGGGAACCAAUUGCUCUGGCUGACGAAGUGUCUCAAAGCUUUGGUCCACGUGGCGCAGCUUCACCAAUUGUUCCUACUGAGACAAAUGAGCCCCAAGCUCGCAGUGGCCUCAAGCAACCAUGGCUUAUCUCAGACUGGAUCCGAGAAACAGCCAAGGACGAGAUUGUCGAGCGAGUCUUGCGACCAUUCUUUGCUCGUCUGAGUAUUUACGUGUUUGAGAGCACGUAUGGCAUGGGCAGUGUAGAUCUGGGGGUGUGCCGAAACGACCUGUUGGCAGAUCUCUUCAACGAGAGCACAAUGGCCAAUUAA